AUGUCAGAAAUUCCUAGCGAACCACCAUCCCGAUCCCUCAAGGGCAAGGUGGCCAUUGUCACUGGAGCUGGGUGUGCAGGGGAUGGCAUUGGAAACGGGCGUGCCAUUUCUAUUCUCCUGGCUGAUGACGGCUGCCAUGUUGUUUGCGUCGACAGAGACCUGUCAUGGGCGCGCAAAACCUGCGAUUUGGUAGCUGCGAAACCUGGUAGAGGCAAAGCUCUGGCUGUCCAAGGGGAUGUGACUUCUUCCACAGAUUGCGAAAACAUCGUUCAAAUGGCAUUGGAGAAAUUCGGUCGGGUUGAUAUUCUAGUCAACAACGUUGGAAUUGCUGGAGCCGCAGGUACCGCAGUCGAGGUGGAUAUGGAACAAUGGGCAAAGGGUCUCGAUGUCAACGUUUCCAGCAUGGUUCUCAUGGCGAAGUAUGCCAUCCCCGCCAUGCUCAAGAAUGAGGGAGAAAGCAAAGGUGCGAUUGUCAACAUGGGCAGCGUCGCUGGCCUGAAGGGAGGCACUCCACACCUUUUAUAUCCGACGAGCAAGGGCGCAAUUGUCAACAUGACGCGAGCAAUGGCGGCGCACCAUGCGAAAGAUGGUAUUCGCGUGAACUGCGUCUGCCCCGGGAUGUUGUAUACACCAAUGAUGUACGCUGGUGGAAUGAGUGAGGAAGCGAGAGCUGCAAGGAAGGGAAGGAGCCUUCUAGGAACGGAAGGGAACGCAAGUAAUCAUGCAAGAUGGAUGACUGGUGUGAUUCUGCCAGUCGACGCCGGCACUACUGCAGCUGUUGGAAUAGGGAUGACCAAGGCUGCCAGUGUGAACGGCUAG